AUGCUCGACUAUGCAAUUGUCAUCGGAAUCAUCGGCUUCUCUGCUUACUACUUCAGGAAUAGAAAAAAGACGAGCAAUGAAUUUGACGCCAGCUCAAUCAGAACCUUUGCCCUCGAACCAAGCAUUCAGCGGAGCAUGUCAGAAUCGGGGUUUAUUGCUAAAAUGAAAUCAGGAGCGCGUAACAUGGUCGUCUUUUAUGGCUCACAAACGGGUACAGCGGAAGAGUUUGCGGCUCGACUGGCGAAGGAGGCAACGCGUUACGGCAUGAAGGCCAUGGUCGCUGAUCCGGAGGAGUGUGAAAUGGAGGACCUGAGCAAGUUGCACGAAAUUGAAAACUCCAUUUGUGUCUUCUGCGUGGCCACCUACGGCGAGGGCGACCCAACGGAUAACUGUCAGGAGUUCUUUGAGUGGCUCAACAAUGGCGGCACCAACUUGAGUGGUCUUCGAUACGCGGUGUUUGGUCUUGGAAACAAGACGUACGAGCACUACAACAAAGUGGGCUAUUAUCUUGACGAAAGACUGGCUCAACUGGGCGCUGAACGAGUCUUUGAGCUUGGCCUUGGCGACGACGACGGAAACAUUGAAGAGGAUUUCAUUACCUGGAAGGAAAAGUUUUGGUUUUCCAUUUGCGAGCAGUUUGGCCUGCAAACCGGCGAAGAUAUUAGCACCAGACAAUAUGAGCUUAUUCUCCAUGACGACCUGCCACAGGAGAAGAUCUUUAAUGGCGAAAUUGCCAGACUCAACUCGUUCAACACGCAAAAGCCGCCAUUUGACAUUAAGAAUCCCUACCUUGCGCCAAUCACCACUAACCGGGAGCUGUACAAGGGAGCUCGAUCUUGUAUGCACAUUGAAAUCGACAUCAAGAACUCUAAGCUGAGAUAUGAAGCUGGUGAUCACGUUGCCGUCUACCCGCAAAACAACACCGAGCUAGUGGAGAAGCUUGGAAAGCUGUGCGGCGCCAACUUGGACACAGUGUUCACUCUGAGGAACUUGGAUGAGGACAGCUCAAAGAAAAAUCCCUUCCCCUGUCCGACGACCUACCGUGCAGCUUUGACCUACUACGUCGACAUUACCAGCACCCCACGUACCCACGUACUUAAGGAAAUCUCCGACUAUGCCACCAACGAGGAGCAAAAAGAGCAGCUCAAGAAGAUGAGCUCCUCCUCUGACGAGGGCAAGGCACUCUACUCUGAAUGGAUCAUCAAGAGCUGUCGCAGCAUCGUGCACGUCCUCGAGGACAUGGACUCUGUGAAGCCGCCCAUUGACCACCUGCUGGAGUUGCUGCCUCGUCUGCAGGCUCGUUACUACUCCAUCUCGUCGUCACCGAAGCUGUACCCGGACUCGAUUCACAUCACCGCCGUCGUCGUGGAGUACGAGACGAAGACGGGUCGAACGAACCGCGGCGUGGCCACCAGCUGGCUGAAGGAGAAGGAGCUGCUCACCGGUCCGACCAUUCCGGUGUUUGUGCGUCGAUCGCAGUUCCGCCUGCCGAACAAGCCUCAGGUGCCCAUCAUCAUGAUCGGUCCGGGCACUGGGCUGGCGCCCUUCCGCGGCUUCGUCCAGGAGCGCCAGUGGAUGAUUUCGGAGAACAAGCCAGUGGGCGAUACGAUCAUCUACUUUGGCUGCCGUAAGAAGUCAGAGGACUACCUGUAUCAAGAGGAGCUGGAGAAGUACUGCGAGACGAAGGCCAUCACUAAGCUCUAUCUCGCCUUCUCCCGUGAUCAAGACCACAAGGUGUACGUGACACAUCUGCUGAAGCAGAACAUGAAGGAGACCUGGGAUAUAAUUGGCGAAAAGAAUGGCCACAUUUACAUUUGCGGUGACGCGCGAAGCAUGGCCAAGGAGGUGAAGGAAAUCAUCCUGGAGACUAUUCAGACGCAAGGCAACAAGUCCAAGCAGGAGGCAGAGGACUACCUGAAGCGAAUGGAGUCGCAGAGACGCUACUCGGCUGAUGUCUGGAGUUAA